CCAAGAACGACCUCGCUGGAAAAUGGCAGGCAUCACCGGCGUCAUGAACAUGAAGCUAGCAGCACGGCCCAGCAGCGGACGCCACAGCCGUGGCUGCCGUCCUGCCGUUGUCCCCUCUGCCGGCAAGCAAAUGCUGCUGGUUCGACGGCACCCUCCGGGCUCGGCGAGUUGGCCUACCAGGGCCACUGGGGGUGGUGGUGGCGGCGUCCCAGCUGGUGCCACCGCCGCAGAUUCUAGCGGGCAGGCAAAAGAGGAGGAAGAAGAGGAUCGUGCGAGCAGAAACACCUCGAGUUUUGAGCCAUCCAUCUGGGGAGAUUUCUUCCUUACCUACUCCAGUCCUCUGGCUACGUCGUCCGCUCAAAAGGCACGGAUGGUACAUCGCGCAGAACAACUGAAGAAACAAGUGGCAAAACUGAUAGCAGCUUCAGGUGCCUGUAGCCUGUACCAUAGGAUUCACCUCGUUGAUGCCUUGGAGCGUCUGUGUCUGGACUAUCUUUUCGAAGACGAGAUCAAUGACAUGGUGACCCAAAUUCAUAACGUCGAUGUCAGUGGCUGUGAUCUUCAGACGGUGGCUAUGUGGUUCUAUCUUCUCCGAAAUCAUGGAUACAGAGUCUCAUCAGAUGUCGUCUUCGCCAAGUUCAGAGACGAACAGGGGGGUUUUGCAGCGAACAAUCCAAGGGAUCUACUGAACCUUUACAAUGCUGCCUGUCUUAGGACACAUGGAGAGACGAUACUUGAUGAGGCUGCUUCCUUCACGUCCAAAUGUUUGAAAUCAUUAGCACCCUACACCUACAUGGAAGCAUCAUUAGCCAGUGAAAUAAAGCGCGCGCUUGAGAUCCCCCUUCCUAGAAGCGUAAGGAUUUAUGGAGCCAAAUCGCGUAUAGCUGAGUAUGGGAAUCAGACUGAAGCUAAUGAACUGGUACUGGAACUAGCGAAGCUCAACUAUAAUCUUGUGCAGCUCCAGCAUCAAGAAGAGCUGAAAAUCAUAACAAGGUGGUGGAAUGAUCUAGAACUUCAGACAAGGCUAUCAUUUGCUCGAGACAGGGUCGUGGAAUGCUACUUCUGGAUGGUCGGAGUAUAUUUUGAGCCGAGUUACUCGCGAGCUCGAGUGAUACUGUCAAAAGUUCUUGCCAUUGUGUCCUUACUGGACGACACCUAUGAUGUCUAUGGAACCUCACAGGAGUGUGAGCUAUUUACCAAGUGUAUAGAAAGCUGGGACCCUGCAGCCACCGGAGGUCGUCUCCCAGGGAACAUGAAGUUCAUUUUUGCGAAAAUUUUGGAUACUUGCCAAAGCUUUGAGGAUGAGCUAGCACCGGACGAGAAAUACCGCAUGCACUACCUAAAAACUUUUAUCAUAGAUCUAGUAAGAGCCUACAAUGAGGAGGUAAAAUGGCGUGAGCAAGGAUAUGUCCCUGCAACCGUCGAGGAACACUUACAGGUCUCAGCAAGAAGUGGUGGCUGCCACCUCCUGUCGUGCACAUCGUUUGUUGGAAUGGGAGAUGUGGCGGAUCAAGAAGCUUUCGAAUGGCGAGAGAAAAUGAGCUCGCAUGUUGCUUCGACGAUGGAAAGCUGCAUGAAAGAGCACCAAGUCCCACUCGAAGUGGCACGCGUGAAGAUCCAAGAAACGAUAGAUGAAACCUGGAAGGAUUUCAACGAGGAAUGGCUGAACUUGAACACAAACAGUCACCUGCCGAGGGAGUUGCUCGAGAGGAUCUUCAACCUGACAAGAACAAUGGUGUAUAUAUACCAGCAAGACGACGCGUACACAAAUUGCCAUGUCAUCAAAGACACUAUAAACUCGUUGUUUGUGGAGCCUGUUUCAAUAACAUAGGACAGAUAGUGAGCUUGCAUGGAUCAUGUUAUUGAACUCCUCAUGCAAUUAGCUGCUAUUGAACUUUGUUGGUGUCUUGGUGACUCUUGUAAGAUUCGCCUUGCAAGGAUAAUGUUGGGCGUGGUAACCCUAUCCUUAUUAAGAUAUGUGUUAUAAACUUUCUCUUCCUCUAAAUAAAAAAGCGUGCUCAGACAAAGUUCCAAAAAAUGAUAUAGCCAUAUGUGAAA